AUGCCCUCCCCUCCUCUGGGGUCCUCCUUGUCCUGUCUGAGCCCCGACUCAUCUUCCUCCCCCCGAAGCCCCUGGCCGGCCUCGGGCUCUGGGCCCGACGGCCGCCCGCGGGUCACCUUGCUGCCGCCCCUCCUCAGCGACCAGGCCCAGCGCGUGCCUGCAAUGGGCGCCUUCCACCUCUUCUGCCAGGCCACAGGUCCCGCGGACGUGCACGUUGUCUGGGAGAAGAACGGGCGGGAGCUGGAGGCGUGUGUGCCCGUGCAGACCCUCGCGCUGCCGGGCGGCGGGGCCCACGUGCGCAGCUGGCUGCAGGACGCCGUGCGGGAGAGCGCCGAGUACCGCUGCUCCGUCCGCUCCUCGACCGGGAGCCAGGCCUCCGGCGUGCGGGUCACCGUGCUGGAGCCCGAGGUGACCCCCCAGGAGAAGUGGACCAGAGAGCUGGCCACCUGGAGGGCUGUGGCCGGGGAGCACGGCCGCCUGAUGCAGAGCUGGAGGAAGGCGUGGGAGAGCUGUAACAAGGACACCUUUUAG